GACCCCGAACGUGAAGCGAGCCUCCGUGAUCGUCCAGGAUGGGAACACCUUGCGGAACCACUGCAUGUGCUUGUCACUGCCAUUGGUUUUUCUCAGGAACACUGCGCCCGGAAACUCGCAAACGGCGUACGUUGCAUCAAGGCUCUGCUCGCAAAUCCUAAUGACGAGUACAAACGACGGCAGCUCGUUCAGCUGGCAAUAAUAAACGGCACUUACCGCUACCGAGGAACGUAA